CUGAAAAACGUGCCUCGCACUGCUCGCUGACGGUAGACAGACGGUUGCUCCGCGAGUCACGACCUCGGAUUUUCUAGGGAUUUUCCGGCGAUUUUCCGCUGGACUCGCUGACAACACGCCCGAUGUGCGAGGAUUAGUCUUUGAUUAAUUUUCCGUCGUCGGAAAAUCGCUCCCUCCGAUCACCGAUGUUUCCAAGGAUGCGGACUCGCUCGUCGCCGAAUCUUUUUGAAACAAAGAAGAAUCGAAAUUUUCUCCCCAAGAAACGUGAAGAGAUUUAACUGAAUCGAGUGAAAGCAAUUUCGCUGGAGAAAAACAAAAAAACAGCACAAAGAGCAACAGCAAAUUCGGCAUGAUCCGUGGCGGAAGUAGAAUCUACUUAAAAACAUUAGCCGGGGUGGUGGAGGCAUGGAAGCCGAAACUGGCCAACCAUCUCUUCAGAAGCUCUUCAGGAGCACCUUGCCAUCACCAGGAAUACCUGGAUUAGACGUCAUAAGAGCCUUACAUCAAACAGUCGUGUCACUGCGCUCGGCUUUGGACUCGUCACGCGAGGAGCUCCGCCGAUUGCAGGAGACCGUCGGGAAUUUUUCCAACGAGAGUUACACUGAUGCAAUAGGCCGUUUAGCCCUCGAGAAUCACGUGCUCAGGCGAAGAAUUCUGAGUAGGAGCUGCGAAUUCUCGUGCGAUGCGACGACUAGCCCUCCACUUCAAUCAAAACACGUUCGACUCGUUGUAGAAGCCCACGUGGACCAAUCGACAGAUCCUGAGAAAAUCACUAUGGAUGUAUCCAAAAAGAUCGCGACUGAUGUUCAGAACACGUUUAACGAGUCACCUUCUGAACGUAACAACGGUAAUAGUAGCAACAAUAAUAAUUCUGAUCCGUCUGCCAGCCGAUUCGACAACCUCCAAGAUUCAUUAAAAUCUUCCAAAGUUACCACAGUUACCACAGAAGACACAGUUAAUACCAAAAUUUCCGAAGCAGCGUCCACGAUGCUGAAUGUUUCCCAAAAUGAGAACCACAAAUUCUCGACUUUGACAACGAAAGUGAAAAACGAGGAAGCGUCUCAAGUAGAAAUGUCAGAUAAUUUAUCGAGGUUGAAUCGUGAUUAUCAUGCAGGCGAUGCAACAAAUAUGGAUCAUUUAGACAUUCCUGAGAAGGAUCCUGAAGACUUGAGUUUAAAAUCUAUUUCUGAGGGCGAUAAUUCCGUAUUCAGCGAUCACGCUGACCAAUCUCAAGUGCCUCGGCAGAGUCAAUCGGGUGAUUCGCCGAGACCGAACGAACAUUCGGAGAACGAGUCAGAAGAAUUGGACGACAUUGAAUUAAUAUUCACGACAGACGAAACAUGCCGUGAUCUCGGCCUGCAAGAGGACUUAGUGUCUAUCACUGAGACAGAGACCUGGCAACACACAAGCACCGGUGGUCAGCCUAUUUUACUCAAGUACACAAAGUCAGCGGAAGGUGAAUCGUUGGUUUGCAACGGUGAAAAAACCAGUUCUGUCGAGGAGGCUGUUUCCUCGCAGAGUUCUAGUAUCGAUCGUGAGGAGAGCGUUGACAGGUUCGAUGAGAGCUCCAGUACAAGGCUUAACAAGAUGUGGUCUCAGUGCUCCGUCCUGGUUGAGACUGAUAUUAGCAAGUGCGGCGUAUUAGAAGAUGCUGAAAGUACAGCGGGAUCAUCUUUGCGACAUGUUACGAGAAGAAAUACUCUGGCUGCACCGCCGACAGCUUACAGACCUAUCAUUCAUCGAGAAGCUCUGGCUAGCAAUCGGAGAAAGAGCUCUGCUCCAUUGCGGCCAGUGAUGGACCGUAGUAGUGGUGCCCGAAGAGAAUCUGGUGCUCAGACUGAUAUCUCCGCGCUUCCGGCACAAUGGCGAUCAGAGAGCUAUCUCGCGCACAAAGUCGCGCAUACUUUUACUACGCUACCGAGCAAGUUCGCGCUACCAACGGGAGUACCUGGCCGACUAAGACUGUCGGAUAAAACUCGAGAAGCUAGAAGAGUGAUGUUGAGCGAUAUCAGCUUCACAAGUAUGGUACCAGAAUUAUCAAGGAGCGCGGAUCACUUGUGCCAUGAACCACAUGCGCAGACAUGUCUUAGUUCGCGCGGCUGCGGUCUUCGUACACCAGAAGUUCACAGACGCGAAUCUCUGGGCUCUCCUGCAGGAUAUUGGCCCCGUUGCAAUCCCUCAACGGGUCUGCCGAGUCCUUGCGACUGUCGGCUGUCAACUGAUUUAUAUUCUUCGCGAUAUCGCGGCUCUUUGACAUCAAUACCGUCGCCCGGUCUCGAAGGUGUCGGCGGUCCUCCACGGAGACAUUCCUGGAGAGCGACGGCAGCGUCUUUUGACACAUGGAAAGUCCCGGUUGCAACUUCCACACCACGUCCGACGUGGUCCUCGAUGCCGUCUUCACCAACACACGUGCAUCCUCCCUCAACCUCUUCCAAAACUUUAAAAAACAUACCAAAGAGGACACGAUCCAAGGUGACAUUUCAAGAGUGUCCAAUGACGCGCGGUAGUCUACCUAACUUACGUUCAGAUUCGGUUGGCGGUGAGAAUAGUGGAGACUCUACCGAAUCGUUGAUUGACGAAGCCGAGGACUAUUUGCGGCGAAGCAUCGAUUCUAUGUUAACGAUAUCGAGCGCUAGUACAGAUUAUUGGAGCAAACAGACAGCAAGACGAAGAAGGGCACGAAGACAUUCAGAGCCGGACUUAAUUCGCGAUUGGCAUCCCCCUCAAGAUGCGAAGCCAUAUUUGCCAAAGAUACCAAGAGAUCUCAAACUGGAUCAUCUCGUGAAGGUCAUAUCGCCGGAGGGUAGAGUUCUCCAAGGUCGCGUGAGAUACGUAGGUCCUGUUCCAGGCCGAGAAGACGCACAUGUGGGAGUGGAACUACCAUAUGUCAAUGGUUCGUCCGACGGUACUUUUCAUGGUAGAAGAUUUUUCGAUUGCGAGCCGGAUCGAGCGAUCUUUGUCCCGUUCAAGAAAGUGGUGCUCGCUUGGUGUACCACUUGACCCGAACCAUCGACCGCUAUGGUCACUCCUCGUAUUUUACUUUCCCAAUACACCAUGUAAGAAUUCGAUGACGUGUAAGUCGUACUUGUGAACUGUCAUCUUUGAAAGCAAACCAGUCUCUGAUUAACGAGAUCAACGGGAUGACUAAUCUAUGACGAUUCUAUCAUUUUUAUAUUCCCAUACGGAAUAUUAUCGUCCAACUACAUAUUAAAAUUGUCAAAAUUGAAAAGAAAAGACUUACGGACAUCAAUAUAAUAACAGAUUCACCGACAUAUAUAUUAAAAUUUGUUAUAAAAUUGCACCCAUAACAUUGGGUGAUUCUUCAUACGCAACAGCGAGCAUUAUAUGAGCUACAUACUGAUGUAUGCAUAUUAAAUGUAUAUACAAGUAUCCCUCUACUUACAACAGAGUUACGAGGUUUAAUUGAUCAUAAAUCGAAUAGCAUUUAUAUUUUAUAUUAGCUAUGUCCCGCCACGCGUUCAUGUAGCUCAGUCUGAUUAGAUGGAAAAGUAAGAAAAGAGAAAGCGCGGUAUACAAUUUUUAUAUAAAAACACGCGUGUAUUCGAAUGCAACGUUGUGUCAAAAUUUCAAAGCAUUCGUUAAAGAACUUUUAGAGAUUUAAGAUUUUGAGCAAACAUUUACAUUUUUAUUUAUAUAGAUAAAUAAAAUAUUAUCUAUGCAAAAAUAAUUAUUUUAUUAUAAAAAAUGUAGACUUGUAUUUAGGAAGUGGCAAAACAAAAUUUCUUUUAAAGAUUAUAAUUCUUAAUAUGUUUUCUAUUAUAAAAUUAAUUUUUAGUUAAACAUAGAUUAACUUCAAUGAAUAAUUAAAAAACAAUACUAUUUUUUCUUGAAAAUAUAACUUUUUAAUAUAAUAUUUAGUAUUAUAAAAUUAAUUUGGAUUUGGUUAACGAAUGUUUGUUUAAUCAACUUUGUUAUAAUCUAUUAGUUAAUUUUUAGUCAAUAGCAUUUGGUCGAUUAUAAGUCUGAAAAUUCAUAAGUCAAGGUAGUCGUAAGUAGAGAAAUACCUGUGCAUAUAUGCAUACAUUGGUAUAUCCAACAAUAUACCGAUCAACUCCGUUUGUGUGAUAUCUUUAAUGAGUGAAUUAUCACCACUAGUUGCAAAAAGUGAUGAAUUGCACAGUGCCACAUUAAUCAGUUUUACUCGUGAACUGAACUUCGGACACUUUUUUAUAAAUUAUGUCACAUAAAAAUUUGUUUCGAGACUUAUAUUAAAUCAAAAGUUACUAAAAUCAUCAAUUGUUUACAUAUUUUAUAACAUUAACAUUUUAUCAAAUGUCUAAAACUUUACAAGGUUCAUAAUUAAAAAAUUGUUUCUUUCGAAAUCUUGUUUUAAUAAAUUCUUUAUUUAUAUUAAAUUUAAUUUAUUGGGUAUAAUAUUUUUUUUUAAUAUUUUCAAUAUUUUUCAUCGCUUAACUGAAAAAAUUCCUUUUAAAAUUUGCCAUUAUUUACAUAAGUCUGUAGUCCACUUAGCCCAUGUCUUAAUGCAGCACUGUGAAUUCCGCUAUCAACGUCUUAUUUAAUUUUUUAAGAAAUGGUGAAAAAAUAAAGCUCAGAGAUACCAGAUAUCUUUGAGAAACUUAAAUACAUCAUUGUAUCAGUGGAUGUUCCGAAAAUUUCUAGCAACGUAAGAAAUAAUUUAGAAAUGAUGAAAUUAAAAUUAUAAUUUUGUAUAAUUGAAAAAUAUAAACAAAAACAGAUUUAGCCGUCACACAAUUAAUUUCCAGCAGAAAUAAUCAAAAUUAAUUGAUAGUUUCUAUAAAUAACGAAGAGGCUAACGUGCAGUAAACACUGGUGUUUUACUAUUGCAGCGUACCACGCACAUGUGCUCGUACUUCACGCGAGUAAUCUCAACAACGAUAAUAUUCGCUUGCCGCGAUAUUAUAAUGUUGGGUUGAAAGAGAGAGAAUAAAAUUAUUUUUGGCUACUGCGAUCAAUUAAUUUUUAUUGAUAUAUAUGUAUAUAUAUUUAGAAAAUUUUCGCGUCUCAUUCAAUUUUCAUGAAUUUUUCUCUUUAUAUCAAGAUGGAAAAUAAGUUUUUUUAUAUAACUUUAUCUAACAGAUUGUUUUUUUUGCAUAAUAUUAGUAUUAUUGAUGCCAUUUCUCAAAUGAAUAAAUGUGCAAUUAAAUCCAUAUAAAAUAAGAUUACAAUAUAACAUUUGUUUUCGAUGUGCAUAUUUUUAAUUGAAAUUAAAAAGAAUAGAAAGAUGAAAAUGGUCAGUAAAUGCAAUCAUAAAUACUAUCAAAUUUGUUAUCAACUUAAUAUCUUGUGCGUUGCUUACGAGCUUUCGAUGAGCAAAUGUUUUUAGUGUAUGUAUAUGUAUUUUAUGUAUAUGUAUAUCUAUCUGUACAUUUUAAAGAGACACGCGUAUAUAAAGUGUGGGCACUACACUUGGCUGUAUAAAUACAUAUGUAAUCAUAUCCUGAGGCUGUACCUAUAUCUUACUGAUAAAUCCGACAUUUUCGGUUCAUUCGAACGGCGAUGAGGACAGGUUGAUGUUCUAUCGCUGGAUUUUUAGAUCCGUGAAUACUUAGCUGAAUAUUAAUGCAAAAACGAGAUGAGAUAUCAGUCUCCAUCACUAUUUAUUGUACCGUAACAAAUAUCAGAAAAAUAAAGAAAAUUUGAUCAUAAGAUAA